GCAGCUUCGUCCCCGGCCGUGCCGUGCCAGUCGCAUCGCGCAACAAAAACCAGCGGAAGUAAAAGAAAAGGAUUUUAAGCGAAACGAACCAAGAGGGGGGGACUUGUUGAUUCGAAUGCAAGCAUCCAAAUCCGGCCCCCAAUCCUUCCUACGCCCAUUCCCCCUCGUUCGUCCAGCGCUCUUCUUUGAUCCGUCCGCCUUUGUUGCGCGGGAGAGAUGAUGGGGGCGGCGGAGAAGGCUGGGCUAGGGUUCGACGAGGAGGGGAUGGUGGCCGGCACGGCGCCGCCGGUCAGGAAGAUGCAGGCGCUCGACUUCGAGCACAUCGGCUCGCUCGCGGCGGUCGCGGAGUCGCUCACGCCCCGGAGCAAGUGGCGGAGGGCGCUCCGGAGCGUGCGCAUCGUCAUCUUCCAGGCCAAGAUCAAUGUGCUCCUGCCCUUUGGCCCCCUCGCCAUCGCACUCCACUAUCUCUCCGGGAAGCACCAAGGAUGGGUUUUCCUUUUCAGCUUAAUCGGCAUCACACCAUUGGCCGAGAGAUUGGGAUAUGCAACUGAGCAACUUGCUUGCUACACUGGCCCAACAAUGGGUGGGCUUCUGAAUGCUACUUUUGGGAAUGCGACAGAGAUGAUUAUCUCGAUAUACGCGCUUAAAAAUGGAAUGAUUCGUGUCGUCCAGCAGUCACUACUAGGAUCUAUCUUAUCAAACAUGCUAUUAGUGCUUGGAUGUGCUUUCUUUGCUGGUGGGCUUGCCCAUCCUAAUAGAGACCAGGUCUUUAAUAAGGCAUCAGCUGUUGUCAACUCAGGAUUGUUAUUGAUGGCUGUCUUGGGUCUCAUGUUUCCAGCAGUGCUUCAUUUUACACAUUCGGAAGCACACUAUGGAAAAUCCGAAGUUUCUCUUUCAAGGUUUAGUAGCUGCAUCAUGCUUGUGGCCUAUGCUAGCUAUCUGUUUUUUCAACUAAAGAGCCAGCGCAGUCUGUACAGCCCAAUUGGUGAAGAAGAAGAAGCCACUGAGGAUGAGGAGGAUGAGAAGGAAAUAACACAGGGGGAAGCUAUUUCCUGGCUUUUUGUCCUGACCAUUUGGAUUUCAAUUCUCUCUGGAUACCUGGUAGAUGCCAUACAGGGGGCUUCUGAAUCAUUAAACAUGCCACUAGCCUUUAUUAGUGUUAUUCUGCUUCCUAUUGUGGGGAAUGCUGCUGAGCAUGCAAGUGCCAUUAUGUUUGCCAUGAAAAACAAACUUGACAUUACGUUGGGAGUUGCCAUUGGGUCAUCAACGCAAAUAUCUAUGUUUGUGAUUCCGUUCUGUGUGGUAAUUGGCUGGAUGAUGGGGGAAGAAAUGGACUUGAACUUUCAACUGUUUGAGACGGCAACUCUUUUUAUAACAGUACUUGUGGUGGCCUUUAUGCUACAGGAAGGCACAUCGAACUAUUUUAAAGGCCUGAUGCUCAUCUUAUGCUAUCUCAUAGUCGCUGCAAGCUUCUUUGUGCAUGUUGAUCCCAAAUCAAGUGACAACAAGUGACAGUCCCCAACAGAACACCUGUGAGCUGACAGGGGAGGCUACUACCUAGAAAGUGGAGAUUUAGUAAAUAGCAAUGUAGCAUCUGCUGAGUCCUGAAUUUGAAGAACAACUUUCUGGCAGCAUCCCGCGUUGAAGCUUUACGUUCCGGCUUGAAAUCACAAGGUGCUGAUGCGGCUUUUUUAAUAUAGCAACAGCUUCGGCCUUGGAGAAACUGUAACAUUAUGUGAGAGCGCAAGAAGACCACCUGUCUGUUUUUGUUGUAAGCCAGACUUGGUCAGUUUUGAUGAUGUUGUAUUAAUGCCAAGGAGAACCAAUUACAUUGUGCAGUUCCAGGGACACUGCUUUAUGCAGAUUUAGAAAUAGUGCUGGUUCAUUUGGUCAGGGUA